AUGGAUUGCUCGAUCGCCGGCAAAAAGGAGCUUAAAAUGAAGAAGCCCAGAACCAGCAAAGCGGAUCUGGCACAAUACACACACCGCGUGUGGACACUCGCAACAGAUGGUGGUGUCGACGCUUACUUGCCAGCUUGGGCAACAAUACCGAUUUCUUCUCUACACCGCCCUGGGGUUAUAGAGAAUGUCAGCAUUCACCGCGGCAUACGCUCGCACAACUACAGGACGGAAUCUUGUACGCUGCUGCUUCUGGCCCUCGACAAACUGAUCGUUCUCUGCACCCAGCACGGUAACAAAACACCAUGCGUGGUUACAUAUGGUCAGUCCCUUCUGGCUGCCCGCAACAAAGGCCCACCCAGUCAAACCGACUGUGCGAAAGACCAGAUCUGGCAGUGCCUCUCGACACUGAGGCGUGCUGGCCAGUCGAUGCAUCUGCAGUUUUGUUACGGACACCGUGGAAUACCUGCAAAUGACACUGCCAAUGGAUGUGCGACGCCGAACGCGACAACUGCUCUGCACACAGAAAAGCGUAUAGCAACUCCGCGGCAUACAGAUCUGCUGGCAUGCCUCAGCGCAAAACCCGCCAAAGCGUGGCGCGCAACCACGCCUCAAGACACACACCGCCGUAUGCUAUGCUUUGCAGCGUCCUUUGGCUUCAGUGGCGAUGGUCUAAUUGCGCAGGAGGACCUUGUUUGA